GACGUCGAAGCCUAAACAGGAAGCGUGGCAGCACGUUUCCCUCAUGAAGACACAGGACAGCUACAGUCUGAAAUGCCGGUUUGCAGAUCCACUGAGCAAUUAGCAUGGCAGCACGCAGGCUCAGUUUCAGAAACAUCACAGCCCUGGCCCCGAUGGUCCGUGUGGGGACCCUGCCGAUGAGGCUGCUGGCUCUGGACUACGGAGCUGAUGUGGUUUACUGUGAGGAGCUGAUAGACAUUAAAAUGGCCCAAUGUCAGAGGAUAGUGAACGAUGUGCUGGAAACGGUGGAUUUUGUGGCUCCAGAUGAGCGUGUAAUGUUCCGGACCUGUGAGAGGGAAAAGGACAGAGUCGUCUUCCAGAUGGGAACUGCUGACCCUGACAGAGCUUUAACAGUGGCCCAGCUUGUGGAGAAGGAUGUGGCUGCCAUUGAUGUGAACAUGGGAUGUCCAAAGGAAUACUCCACUAAGGGUGGAAUGGGAGCUGCUCUACUAUCAAAUCCAGACAAGAUAGAAGCUAUCCUUAAAAAGCUCGUGACGGGAGUCUCAGUACCAGUUACGUGUAAAAUCCGGAUUCUGCCUUCGUUGGAGGAGACGGUCAGUCUGGUGCAGCGGAUUGAGAAGACCGGCGUCGCUGCUGUUGCUGUUCACGGCAGGUUUAAGGACGAACGUCCCAGACAUCCUGUCCACUGCGAUUACAUUCAGGCUGUUGCACAGGCUGUUUCAAUUCCUGUCAUCGCAAAUGGAGGUUCUUUAGAUUUGGUGAAGACCAACAGUGAUAUUGAGAAGUUCAGGAAAGCAACAGGAGCGUCGUCUGUCAUGUUGGCUCGUGCUGCCAUGUGGAAUCCGUCUGUCUUCUGCAACCAGGGGCCAUUUCCUGUGGAAAAAGUCAUGGAGGAAUACAUUAAAUAUGCAAUCCGUUAUGACAACCAUGCUUUCAACACGAAGUACUGCCUGUGCCAGAUGCUGAGAGACAAGGUGGAGUCUCCGCUGGGGAAGCAGGUGCAGGCUGCACAGACCAAUGCUGAGAUAAGUGAGGCAUAUGGACUGGAGAUAUUUUACCAGGAGAUCCAGCAGGACCUUCAGGCCAAGAUGGCCGCCCUUCAGAGCAGUAAUCAGCCUAACAAACCCAUAAUGGAUGGAGAUGUGACCACCAUGGCUGUUAAGUUUGAACGGAGAGACUAUCCACCGCAGAUCACACCCAAGAUGUUUCUGCUGGAGUGGAGCCGCAAAGAGAAGCUCCAACAGCCGCAGUAUGAAACGGCGCAGCGCUCUCAGGAUCGAGCAUUUCAGUCAACUGUGACUGUUGCCAACAAAAAAUACAGAUCAUCCCUUUGGGAGAAGUCGAAAAAGUUUGCAGAGCAAGCUUCUGCUAUUGUCUGCCUGCGAGUGUUGGGUGUGCCAGAGGGUCGCAUCGGGGAAGAAGAUUCUGGCUUGGUCUGCAAGAGGAAGAGGGAGGGAAAGCCAAACUGCAGCGGUGAGGAAGGGAGGAGCAAAAAGCUGCAUGUUGACAUCCUGCAGGAAGCGGAAGCCCCAGACCCCACUGUGGAGAUGAACGGUGAUGAGCAAAACCCAGCCACACCUCCAAAACAAGCAGAAGUUUUAAGAGAAGCUCCCAGUUAAAACAGAAGACAAGACAGCUUUCUGCAAUGUUUGACUGAACCAGAGGCCUGCAGAUCAGCCUUUUGCUGUUCUAAUAUUUUGAAGCCUGGAACCUUUCCUUGGAGGAGACACUAAAAUAAGACUUUCAAGAUUUGCUUAAGUCUUCCAUAUUUCUAAAAGAUUAUUUUCCCAGUGGGAUCAACUGAUUCCAUCAGCUGGGACAAAGACAGGUGGCCUUAAUGAUGCUUUUUUAUUUCAUGUAUUAGAAACUAAACAUGUGUUUUAAGUUUAAGUGGCGAGGUUUGUAUUUGUGUUUAUAGGUAAAGCAGAUCAAUUAGUUCAGUAAAAGUUUUUCACAAAACUCAUAUAAACCUAAAUGCCUGUGCCUUCCUGCUUAAAAUCACCGUUUAAAAUUGUUCCCUUUUAGUGAUAAAACGUUUCGCUGUCAUUGUAAACCUGUCAAGGUGAUUUAUACAUAUUUUAAUUUAUAUUCAAUCUUUAUUUCUUAUUUGGAUGGAAUAGGCUGAUUUGUCCUUAUGGAAGCUGGUUUUCUGUUUUCUGUUUGUCUCAGUAACCAAACCAACUUUAAUGAUUGGUUGUAAGAACUGGACAAAACUAAAGGUACAAUAAAAACAUUUUUGAAAGAC